AUGCUCCUCGCCGGCCUCCGCCCACUGGGCAACAUCUUCCGCGCCGCACCCGCAGGCCCCAUCGCCUCGUCGUCGCGCGCGGCUCUCCCUACCCCUUCCCCCGUCGCCCAGCAGGUCCGUUUCCGCUCGCAGCUCGCGCCGAGGAAAGUCAAGUACCGCAAGAGCUUCAAGGGCAAGCCUACUCUGCCUAUCGGCGGCUCGAUCAAGGGCACCACUCUGGAGCACGGCGGCUUUGGUAUCCGCCUGUUGACGGCGGUGCGCCUGACGGCCGCGCAGCUCACCUCGGCACAGGCGGCCGUCAAGCGCAAGAUCAAGCCCGUCAAGGGCGCCGAGCUCUUCCUCCGCGUCUUCCCCGACGUCCCCGUGUGCGUCAAGGGUAACGAGACGCGUAUGGGCAAGGGCAAGGGAACGUUCGAGUACUGGGCAUGCCGCGUGCCGGCCGGCCGCGUGAUUUUCGAGGUGGCAGGCGGCAACAUUCGCGAGGAGAUUGCCAGGCAGGCGCUCAAGCUCGCCCAGGUCAAGAUGCCCGUCGCGACCGAGUUUAUCAACGCCCAGACCCCGCCGCGUCUCGGAUCGAUCGUCAGCAGCGACCUGGCGGCACCCGUCCAGGCCCAGAAGAACGUCGAGCUGGUGCCCCCGCCAACCCCCAUCGCCCAGGCCGUCGCCUCCGAGGCCCGCGCAUAG